CAUUCGAUCUUCGACUGUAGUCGAAAGUGCUGAUCGAACGAAUUUUCAUUUGGUAUUAUGGUGCUCAUUCGUUGAAGAAUAGGACUAUUGUGAAUUUCGAUCGCUCGACGCAUUUACAAUAGAUAAUUUUUCUCAGCUGAUACAGCAAAUCAAAAUAAAAGAAAAACCGAUUGUGUUGAAAUUCUUUGCUAACAUUAUUUUUAAAAGGUAAAAAAAGUAUUUUUUGGGAAAAUGAGUACAACGGAGUUGUGGUUCGACGAUUCAUCGGACGAUGAAAGAUUAGUGGAACUAGCUAGAAGUAGGAAACAGUUGAGGGACGCAUCCUACCACCUAGAAAUGGCUUCCACUGAAUUUUUAAAGAACUUUAGAUUAUCUAAAGAGCCGUUUGUGAACCUACUGUCCAGUACAGAAAACCAGUUGCAGCAGUGCACCCGAGCCAAAUUGAUUCCAAAUAUUUUAAGGCUAGCCAUAGUUCUGCGACACCACAUUACUCAUACGCCCAGUGGACCUACAACAGGGCUCAGCACGGCACGACCACCACAAAAGCACAAUCCAUUUUAUCAAACAUUUCAUACAGGUGAAAAGCAAGGAAGUUAG